AUGGCUUUCAGGCUGAAUAUAUACCGCACAAUCGCCUCUUUCAGUGUCUUUGCUCGCCGAUCCCGCAUCUCAGCUAAGAAAAAAUUCCCAGACCCCUCUCGAUACCACCGAGUAGAAAAUGGCUGCGGCGCCAUUUUCCACGUUCAUUCCUUGCUUUCGUUCUUUGCUUUUUUUUUCUUUGCUUUCGUUCUUUGCUUUUUUUUUCUUUGCUUUCGUUCUUUGCUUUUUUUUUUUUUGCUUUCGUUCUUUGCUUUUUUUUUCUUUGCUUUCGUUCUUUGCUUUUUUUUUCUUUGCUUUCGUUCUUUGCUUUUUUUUUUUAAAAGAUUUCGUUCUUUGCUUUUUUUUUUUGCUUUCGUUCUUUUGCUUUUUUUUUUCUUUGCUUUCGUUCUUUUUUUUUUUUUUUUUUUUCGUUCUUUGCUUUUUUUUUCUUUGCUUUCGUUCUUUGCUUUUUUUUUCUUUGCUUUCGUUCUUUGCUUUUUUUUUCUUUGCUUUCGUUCUUUGCUUUCGUUCUUUGCUUUUUUUUCUUUGCUUUCGUUCUUUGCUUUUUUUUUCUUUGCUUUUUUCUUUGCUUUGCUUUUCUUUUUUUCUUUGCUUUUUCCAGAUAUUUUCGCCUGCCCACUUUCUCGUUCUUCCUCUUUUUUUUUUUUUUUUGCGUUGCUCGAUCUUACUUUUCUUUUUAUUUUCUUUCUCUUAUUUAUCCUUCUCAUUACAUUCUCUUACUUAAUUAUCCUUCCCAUUACUUUCUCUUUCUUAAUUAUCCUUCCCAUUACUUUCUCUCUCUUGAUUAUACUUCUCAUUACUUUCUCCUUAUCUCUCAGUUGUUGUCCUUCUCUCCUUAUCUCUCAGUUGUCUUUCCUCUCUCUCCUUAUCUCUCAGUUGUCUUUCCUCUCUCUCCUUAUUCUCAUUUUGUCUUUCCUUCUCUCCUUAUCUCUCAGUUAUUUCCUUCUCUCUUAUCUCUCAGUUGUUGUCCUUCUCUCCUUAUCUCUCAGUUGUCUUUCCUCUCUCUCCUUAUCUCUCAGUUGUCUUUCCUCUCUCUCCUUAUCUCUCAGUUGUCUUUCCUCUCUCUCCUUAUCUCUCAGUUGUCUUUCCUCUCUCUCCUUAUCUCUCAGUUGUCUUUCCUCCCUCUCUCUCUCUCUCUCUAAAUUUUCCUUCUUGGUCCUCUCUCUCUGUUUCUCGUUCCUCUCACUCCCACUCUUUUUCUUUCUCUUCUCCUUGCUCUCACUCUUUUUCUUUCUCUCUUCUCUUUUCCUUUAA